GUGGAUCUCCACUUGCUAGGACUGUUGACCCUCCUUUGAAUAUUGAACUACCUCGCAAUUCUUCUCGUCCGACCAGUCCAAAACCUUGAUUUCUUUGUCACCGUACACUACUUACGAUUGUUAUGACCUUCACUUACCUCUACAUCUUUAUACCAUCAUGCGCAACAGUUACCUUGUCUUCCGAAGUAUUAGUUGUUACUCCUGGUUUCGAUUACCCCUACGUUCAUUUUAUAAAUCCAGUAUCACGAAAUGCACUUUGGACAUGUAGGUAUAUCAGGAAUAGAACGGACUUGACCCUCAGUUCGAAUUGCCCUUUUGAGACUUUCAUUUGUUCUGCCUCAUGGCCGAUGUUAUCAGUCGCCCCUUCUUUCUGCACCUUCACUUCGCUCACUCAUCGACGAAUAGCAAUGGCGACCUCUACACCCAAGAACCAGCCCGUUGAAAUCAUGCAAAAUCUCAUUGUCCAUCCCAACUACUACGGCCUGAGAAUCAAGCAGCUCGUCGUGAAGGAGGCGAACAUCACAGGCCCGUUGUUAUCGAUCUUCAGUGCGAAUCGAGCUACAGGGGCGGAAAGGGCGGAUCCGCUUGGUAUAUCGGUCGGGUACGCCAAGGACGGGAAGCUCGCCGCGUUGGCCAUCGCCGAUGAAGCGCGAUGUUGCAUCAUCGAGUUCAACCCGCGUUCUCCGCCAUCCACCAGGCCACAAAAGAUGGAACUCUUGCAGAAACACAUAUUCUGUCGCUCCCUCGGCGAGAUCUAUGCAUUUGACGCUGCCCAGAUCGCAAUGGUCCUGUGGAUGGAGCUCGGUGUUAGAGUCGCGCGCGCCGUCGACAUCCAAUCCGUCUUCACUGAAUCUGACAGAUCGUCGGAUCGCAAGCCUUUGGUUGCCAUUCAGGCCUGUUUCGGGGACUCGGAAGGGUGCAAGUUGAACGAGAAGAACAUCGAUCGCGCCUUUGAUGAUCUCACAUACAACAUCGAUGAAAUCAACCGUAUGCGCGUCGAUAUCCUAGAAAGGGCGUGGAUUUCACGCACGCUUCCAUCGCAUGAGAAUGGAAUAUCUACUUUUAGUAACGUGAAGUACGUUGACACGAGUGGACUCGAUGAACAGUUCCUAAAGACACUGGAUGCUCUAGCUCGUGUCUCAGAAGACUCCCGUCGUGUCGGCCACUUGAAGCCCACAACAACCAAUCAUCAAUUCUCUGAUGCUCGAAGCCCAUUAUUGAAUGCCGAUGGGAAAUCUUUCAAUGCUCGCGCUUCAGCAUACAAGGACCGAUUUCGCCCCUCCCAGAAUGUAAUCACCACAAUUGAACUUGAAUCAGGUGAGCAGAUCCGGCACCAUGGACAGACUGGUGUCGUCACUGGGAUGUCAACUCAAGUCAACUUUGACACAUCUGUUAUGAAUGGGAACAGAAAUAUUGUCUCUAUCAUCAGCACAGGUCGUGAACAGCUGACUGCAGCUGAGGGUAAACGUGAUGGUGUUAUCAGACGUACCCUACAGGGGAACUUUACCAGCUUCAAGGAAAACCCAUGGAUCAGUAACAUAUUACUUUGGGAUACCAUUAAGAAUGACACAGAGCAACUCUCUCCCUCUAUUCUUGAAUGGCCUGAAUGGUGGUUUCCUCCUAGAUCAGAUAUCCAGAAACCAAUCAUACAGUCAUCUGACAGCAACCCUGCCCGUCACUCUCUCAAUCGAUCUCAGCAACAAGCUCUUGAUCAUAUGCUUUCUUCAGACCCUAUCACUCUCAUCCAGGGUCCACCUGGGACAGGAAAAACCUCAGUCAUAGCUGCAUUUGUUCAGUGUGCUUUGGCUGAAGGAAAGACUGGUAUCUGGUUGAUUUUAUGGAUUGGAAGCUUCUGGUUUCUGAAGAUUUUCGCAAUGAAUGGCAUGAUGAUCUUUAUGAGAAGAUGCUAUCACAUGUUAUUUCUUCCAAAGACUUCAAAUUUGUCUCACCACAGAAAUUACAAGAUACCAGAGUAUUUCUCUGCACCUUGAAUAUGCUUUCACAUUUUUUCAUAAAAAAGUUUACAUUUGUGGUUCCAUUCACCUGCAUGGUGGUUGAUGAAGCUAGUCAGAUAAAGGUUGCUGAGUAUAUCAAUAUAUUUACAGGAUUUGAUUCUUUACGAAAGAUUUCUUUCAUUGGAGAUGAUAAACAGUUACCACCUUUUGGAGCUGAAAGUGUUGAUGAUCUCAGAAGUAUAUU